AUGGGUUAUAUACUUUGUAAAACGGCCAUUAUCACAGGUGGAGGAUCAGGAAUCGGAUAUGCAGCAGCACACGAACUCUUAAAUAACGGAGCCAGAGUCGUUUUAUUGGCUCAUCCAGAUGAGAAAAAAGGAAAUAAAGCAGCUGAACAUUUGUGUAAUUUAUUCGGAAUGAAUAAAGCAAUUUACAUGCCUUGCGACAUAAGAUGUUCAAAACAAUUCGAAGACAUUUUUCUAUAUGCUAAAAGUACGUGUAAUAAAAUUGACAUACUUUUAAAUUGUGCCGGAGUUUUAGAUGAUAAAAAUUGGGAAGGUUCCCUUAACACAAACGUCAUCGGUACUCUACGUGGUAUCUUAUUAGCUUUUAAAUACAUGAAUGGUAAUAAUAGCAUCGUGAUUAAUUUAUGUGGUACCAUGGGUCUCAGUCCCUGGCCAAACAGUCCUAUUUUUUCCGCUAGUAAACACGCAUUGGUCACCGCUUCCAAAUGCUUCGGACAUUCCAUACAUUACGAUAAGACAAAUAUUAGAGUCAUUGGAUUAUGUCCUAGUUUUACAAAAACUCCAAAAUGGGAAAAAGGUAUUGACAACUAUUUAGAAUUUGAAUGGGGUAAAAAAACUCUUUGUGCACUUGAAAGAAGUCGAUUGCAACCAGCAAGCGUUGUUGGUAGAGCCAUAAUACAUUUAAUUAAAUACGGUAAAUCGGGUAGAAUUUACAUUUGCGAAGAAGGAAUAUUACACAGAGCAAAUUUUCCAAGGGAAGAAGAUAUUCUUCAGCCUCAGCCAUUAUGUUAA